AUGGCCAAAAGAAAGAGACAAGCCGUCAACGGCAGCGAGCCUAGAGUCGCAGACGCCGCACCGUCCAAAAAAUCUAAAGCGACCGCGCCCACAACAAAAUCUAAGCCAUCCCGAUCCCUCCAGCCAGAGACGCUGCAGAUCGUGGUAGGAUCCUACGACCAAGUCCUCCACGGCUUAACCGCUACGGUGUCCAACGAAAAGGCCGAAUUCGCAGAUACUUUCCUCUUCAACGCCCACAACUCCGCUAUUCGAUGCGUAGCUGUAUCCCCGCCGUCAGCGCCUGUCCCCGGCCAAACGCAAAAGGUGCUCCUAGCCUCGGGAAGCACAGACGAACGAAUCAACAUCUUCAAUCUAUCAGCACACCCUCCGAGUAGGAAGAACCAAGAUCUUCUAGCCAAGGUUGCACCACGGCCGAUUCUCGAGAACCCCAAGAACAGAGAACUGGGGACGCUGUUACACCACACGUCAACGGUGACGGCCCUUCGAUUUCCGUCGAGAUCAAAACUUCUCACCGCGAGUGAAGACUCGACUAUUGCGGUUGCUAGGACGAGAGAUUGGUCGGUAUUGAGUACCAUUAAAGCGCCUAUUCCACAGCCUCAGGGGAGACCGAGCGGUGAUACUGCGCCAUUCGGCGGCACACCCUCUGGUGUGAAUGACUUUGCUAUUCAUCCUAGCAUGAAGCUGAUGAUUAGCGUGAGCAAGGGAGAAAAAUGCAUGCGGCUGUGGAACUUGGUUACGGGAAAGAAGGCUGGCGUUUUGGGUUUCAGCAGGGACAUGCUGUAUGAGAUUGGGGAGGGACGACACUCUACUGGAGAAGGGCGGAAGGUUGUCUGGGGAAAUGUGGAUGGUGCGGAUGAGUUUGCGGUAGGGUUUGACCGCGAUGUGGUGGCCUUUGGGAUGGACAGCGUGCCCAAGUGUCGCGUUAUGACGGGACAAAGAACAAAGGUCCACCAAUUUACAUAUCUUACGGCCGAUGAGACGUCAUUGUUGGCAGUUUCCACCGAGGACGGAAGGAUUCUAUUCUUUUCUACAAAGGAGGAUGAUUUAUCACCGCCUGAGGAAGCCAAUGGCAAGAAAGGAACGCUACCUAAUGCCAAGUUGGUGGGCUUUGUGGGUGGGAAGCCAGAGGGAGUGUCCGGACGGAUAAAAGAUAUCGUUGUUUUACCAAGCACGCUUAAUGAGGGGGUUUUGUACUUGGUCGGAGCAAGUAGCGAGGGCAAAAUUCGCGUUUGGACGCUACAAGCAAAGAAGUUGGCUGCGGCUGCUACGAAGGGGAACGCUGCUGAGAAACCGAUUGGAAAGUUGGUUGGUACAUUUGAGUCGGAGAAUCGUAUUACGUGCCUAACUGGGUAUGUGAUGAUUCCUAGGCCAGAGGGGGCAGAGGAUAGCGAGGAUGAGGUUGAGGUUGUGGAGAGUGAGGAGGAAGAGGAUGAUGAUAGUGAGGAGGAUGAGUAG